AUGCCCCCAGCAGCGUGUCUGGUGCGCAGCAGUGUGAAUAUCGACGAGACGUUCCAAGUGCCGCAUAUCGUUAAACUGGGCGAGACGAUUUCGUCCAGCGGAUUUGUUUCGCGGCCCGGCGGAAAAGGUGCCAACGUUGCGGCGGCGCUGAGCCUUGCAGGAGCGCAGGUCACCAUGCUCGGUGCGGUCGGCACGGAUGCUGAGUGGCCGCUCAUGUAUCUGGAGGAGCGUGGUGUGGACACGCGCCAUGUCUACCGCUCCAAGACCGAUCCUACGGGCCGUGCGUUUAUUCAAAUUGCCGCAGACGGCGAGAAUUCCAUCGUGCUGCUCCAAGGCGCGAAUUAUGUGCGCUCCGAUGCCAUCGACGACCCUGCAGCGUGGAUGGGAAAGUGUACACACCUCAUGCUCCAGAACGAGAUUCCACUCGAGGUAACUGUUGCGUAUGCCGCCGCGGCGCAGGCUAGGAAAGAGCAAGGCGAGGCGCGCCUCGUCACUGCGUUCAACCCCAGCCCGAUGCUCUCGGCUGCAGAGAUCAAAACGUUUCCGUGGGGCGGAAUUGAUGUGCUGAUUGUGAACGAGGGCGAGGCUGCAGAUAUGCUGCGUGCAAUGACCGGUAAGGACGAGAGCACAAGCGCGCCGGCAGAGGCACUCGCGGCAUUGCCUGCGUUAGCGCAGGUCACCUGGAUCGUUGUCACGCGCGGGAGCCAUGGCUCCGCAGCCUCUGUCCAGCUAAAAAAAGAGCGUAUCUACCUAGAGGUUCCUGCGCACCGCGCGGCCAACGUCGUGAAUACGACGGGCGCUGGCGAUACAUUCACUGGAUAUCUCGUAGCGGGGCUUAUGGAUGCGUACACGAACAAUGCCCAGUGGACUCGCGAACUGAUUGAUACUGUGCUGCACCGCGCAAGUGUCGCUUCGUCCAUGGCAGUGGAAAAAGACGGCGCGAUGGAGAGCAUGCCAUCCAGGGCGGCAGUCGAUGCUGUGGUGCAGUAA